GUACUGAUGCAUGAGCGAGGUGAAGGACUUUUGUUUUAAAUUUAUCUACCAUGUUAAAAAUGAACUGAAAUUCCAGUCGUUGGCGGUAAUGCGCCAAUCAGUUAGGUUGCCAACCGCCAAUGAAGAAGAAGAAGAAGAAGAAGUUAAUGUACUGAAGAUUCAUGCUGUAACGGAGGCCAGUGGAGAAAUUGUACUUAUUAUUUUUGGUCAAGGUCAAUGGCUCAUCAACGAUGAAUGUAAAAACAGGCAGUUAUUUAAUAUGUAGGUCUCUGCGUUGCGUUAGGUCCCUGCGCUGUCGAGGUCAACGGCAAAGCGCAAGCCAACCACCGAAACAUGUCAAGCGAUCAGAGAAGACUGGAUUCAGUCCAGAAGCAACAUCAAAAUAUGACUGGAUUGGUCCACCAGACAGACUGUCAAACCUGAGGCCGAUCAGAUACCACAUCCCAGAGAAUGAGACACCACUGGAAAGGAAGUUGAGGCAUCUGAGACAGGAGACUGAAGACUGGAGUCACGAGUUCUGGACUAACCAGAACUUCACAUUUAGCAAGAAAAAGGAAGAAUAUGUGAGAUCACAACUGUCGGCAAAAGGGUUGUCAGAGAGAGAUGAUGAUGGAAGGAAAAGGACUUUAAGCAGUGAGGAAAUGGCAGUAUUCUACAAACACUUCUUGGACCAAAACAUUACAAGGCAUGCCAGUUAUAACAGGGAAUGGUAUAGAAGGAAUUUCACCAUUACACUUCUGAUGGCGAGAGUAGCUCUACACAACACAUGGAGGACACUGACUGGACAGACGAGGGGAACUGGACGAGAGAAAGGCAAAACUACAUGAAAUGCAAAUAAAGACUGUAAAUCAA